CGAAUCGUUGAUUGUGCAGUUUACUCGGAGUGCGAACAUGGCUGCCAGAGGAUCGAUAGGGAUGCGUGAGACAUUGAAUUCGUUCCACUGCACUGAGUGCACGGUGACUCCUCGCGAUUGCUGUCCGUGAACGUCGCCGUUUCCCCGGAUAUGCUGGGAUAUGCGGCGCAGUGACGCGAAGACUCGUUCCCUGUGCGCGCGCGCGCGCGCGCAUCGUUCAGCUGAUUCGCGGUCGACGAGUGAAAGUGCUCCGAAUACCUGUCGAGCCGUGAAGACCACGGGGCCUGGUCCGUGUGCAGCGCGAUGCGUCGGACGCGAGGUGGUGACGUUUGGCCGUAUCGAAAGUUCCUAAUGCAACUUUAGCCUGUUUUUUUUUUUGGAACUCGUCAACACUCAUGGAAGAGGGACUGGAUUUUCAACAAUUGUGGCUCUAAUAUGCACUCUUCCUCUUGUCAUGUGCAUGUAGUGUGAUAAUAAGUAAUAGUGUGUGCGUCAAUAUGUCUUAUUGUUAAUACUCACCUGAAAAGAAUUGUUUCUUUAACAACUCUGCCUUCAGCAUGAACAUUGGGAACUUUCUUUCGCAUAUGCAUAAUACAACAUUACUUAUGCAAUAAUCUGCAUCUGGACCACAUUUGUAUUGUGUGUUGCAUUAAUUAAUAUUCGAAGGAGAGACUGCAUCCUCAACAGCUGUGAUUUAAUAUGGACAGUUUGCAACUGGUUCUGGUGGUCAUUUUUACAUUCGUUUGCGGUGUAAUAUGUACCUUGGCGUUGCAGUUUUAUUUGUUCAAGAGGUAUUUGGAAUCAGGACCUCAGGCUGCUCCACCACAGAGACAGCUGCAGCAUGGCAAGACGCAAUUACCUAAAGAGCUGGUGGAACAGAUGCAGGAGGAGCGGACAAACUCCAAUAACAGUAUGGCCCGACAGGCAAUGUCUCAGGGUAAUGAGAACUUGGCUAUAAACCUUACGCUGCAAUUCCUCUUCAACGAGCUGCGAAAUGCCGAGCGAGUGCGUCUGUGGCUUUAUAGGAAAUUAAAUAACGAAUUCAAGGAGCUUCUAACGCAGUCGACCACCGCCAAGUUGUUAGACAGCGUGAAAUUAAGAGAUUUGAACCUGGGCACGCAAUUUCCGACGAUAAAGGGUUUGGAAGUCGCUGAUUCAAAAAUCGAUGCCGACACAGGUUUGCUGGAGUCUCUGGACUUGGCCUUAGAUUUACAUUACUCAGGAAACUUUCAAUUGUCUAUAGAUGUUAAGAUGCUGCUCGGCAAAACAGCCUAUAUGGCGUUGCAAGUAAAGCGUAUCAGUGGUAAAGCUAGGCUGCAGUUUACUCGCGUACCAUACACGCACUGGUCAUUGAGCUUUUAUUCUGACCCGAUCUUGGAGCUGGAAGUACAAUCACAGUUUCAAGGUCGUCAGUUACAGCCACAGAUAAUUUCAAUCAUUACCAGUCAGAUUAGGAGAGCGGUGAAGCGGAAGCAUACUCUACCUCGUUAUAAGAUGCGUUACAAACCGUUUUUCCGAAGAUUGAACGAUGAGGCCGUGGAUCUCUCAGAAGUUGCAAGUACUCAGCUCACUCCAGGAUAUUUGGAGGUCGUACUAUUGGAGAUUAGCAGACUAAAUCUUGCACCUAUCGUUCUUAAUAACGGUGAAGACGUAUCGCAGAUAGAAGUCUAUUGCACCAUGAGCAUAGAUUCCACCCCAUGGAUUUACUUAACGCAGUAUAAUGGGGUUCCGUAUAUGGUGCUAGACUUAAUUAUCAGUAAAACAGGCUCCCAGCAGUUAGGUGUAGUGUUCAAGCAGGAAAUUGUGCCGGAGGUCGGCCAAAUGUGCGUACUAGUUGAGACCAUAGUAUCCGGCAGUCCGGCGGCGAUCGCCGAAAUGAGAAAGGGCGAUAUUUUGGUAGCGGUGGACAGCAAAAAGGUGUCGAACAUGAACCAAGUAGCGAAAUUCGUCAAGUCCGCUGUACAGCGACGUUUCAUUAUCAGGGUGGAGAGACGGUAUUCGAAGACAGAUUCAAGCGAGAGAGUACAGAAAACAGAUAACGAGAGAAUGCUUUUCGCAGAAAGGAAGACUUCGAAGAGUGAUUCAGUGGGCAAGCUAGACAGCCCGAGCGUAGAAGAUGCUGGGAAGAUAAAAUUCGAGACACAAAUCAAGUUCUCUGAUCUACGAGAUUCUGACACUGAUUUCAUGGACACCCGGUCCGAAACCAAUAAGCUAUUCAAGAGAAGAAAGAGCAGUAUUCAGACAGAAGAAAUAGCCCAAACGCCGGAUACUACACCGUCUCGACGAAUCUCGAUGAUCUCCACGUCAUCGGCGUCAUCCAGCAAUGUUCAAUUUUAUCUUCCGGACGACAGUAGUACAAACAAUAUUACCGAUCUGAAUCAUAACACGAAAGAAAAACCAUAUGCCUCUCUGAUUACCUUCGAGGAGACCAAGAGCUUCCGGAUCGAUUCUGAAUUGCAAUACUUAAAUGUAGGUGUAUGGGGCCGUGUGAAGGGCGGUGAAACACCACCGAGACUGCUAGGCUAUAUAAAUGCACCUGUAAAAUUAAUUCUGUCGCAGUGUUGCACUUCCACGACUGGACAUUACUUAAAAUGUCAUGCUUUGUUGCCUCCAGAUAGUGCUUCUUUAGCAACAUCAUACGUAAGACUGCAGGGUUAUUCAGGAUUCGAUCCAACACUCUGUUACGGUGACAUCCUGUUAUCGUACGUAUGGGAAUCUUGUCAACCGAACGAUCUUACAGUCAAUGAUUUUGGAAAGAAGGAGAACGCAGAAACUGCCAAAGUUCAACCGGUUCCAAGCGAGGAAACCAUUGACAGAAAGAUGCACGAUUUCAUCAGGACGCAUUUCCACAGAGCAACACACUGCGAUUUUUGCACUAAAAAGAUUUGGCUAAAAGAUGCAGUGCAGUGUCGAGACUGCGGCAUGGUAUGUCAUAAAAAAUGCGAGACACGUUGUCAAGCGUCCGGCACUUGCGGUGCAGAAAGUCUAGCAACGUUGGCUCUGGAGGCGGACGAGAUCGUCGGGGAACCAAAUGUUGAUAUCUCUAGCCCGGAGAUCUCUCUGACUGAAUGCGAAGAUAACGUACAGGGCACAAGUAUGAUGGCCGUGAAGGCUAGUAUAGCUAACACUCUAUUGGGCCUGAAGAAGGCUGGAAGUACCAGUUGCUUGGCCCCACCGGCUUCCGGUAUUGGUCUGGCAUCUCGAAGUCUCCCCCCAAGUCCCUGUGCAUCCCGCAAGAAUUCAUUGGCUGGAGGUCUGGGAAUAAAUCCUGACCUCUUGGAGGGUGCUGAGCCAAGUGUUGCAGCUCCACUUAUGGCUGGCGACCUAGACGAUGGUCUUAUGUCGAGGGCCAGAGAUACCGGCAAAUUCUUAUAUAAAUACUUGGAGCCGCAGGAGCGCGUCGAGAAAAUCAACGCUAUGAUGGGAAAAUUGAAGAACGCGCUAGAUGCUGAAACUACCUCAAGAUUAGAGCUGUCCCAGAACGGAGACGCGGACAGCAUGAAACUGAUCGCGCAGAGCGACCUGCGAGUACAAGCACUAAGCGUGCUGCUGCUGCACUACUGCGCCGGUUUACAACACGCGCAAGAGGCGGUGGACCGACCACAAAUCAGUAAAGAAUCUUAACAGGAAUGUGUAUUCAAUUAAUGUGACAACUUUAAGAAAAAAAGCGCAUUUCCUCCUAUUCUCCUUCAUAAAACAAAUGAACAUGGGAAAUGUAGCGAUAUUUUAUAGUGGAAUAAUAUAAUUUGCUUUCGCUAUUUAUUUCAUAAUAAGCAACGACUCGAUAACACUAACACUAUGUUACAUCAAUUUUCUGAUGUUGAUAUUGUCGAUUUUUAAUAUGAAUUAAU